CGCUCGCCCGCCCGCCGCCCGCCGCCCGCCGCCAGCUCCGCACCCGCGCGCUCCGCCGCCGCAGAUCAGCACGCUCGUCCUCAGCCCGAGAAGCCCGGCGGCGGCGCCCUGUCCCGGGCGCGUCUGUCCGCUCGCCGCGGGCGGCCGGAGGAGUGCGGGCGCCUGGGGCGCCGGGGAGCGGGGCACUGCGGAGCUGCGGGCUCGGCGCCCCGGGGAGGCGGGCGUAUGGCCGCUGGAACGGGCGCCCCAGCCAACCGCGAUCACGGGUGUUCUUUCUCCACCUUUUCAGAUUUCUGAGAUGAAACGAGGAGACGAGGGUCAGUAAAGCCCAGGGAUGGAGAAGCCUGUGACAUCUGACCAGAAGCUGCCGCCGCAGAGCGCAGUGGCUACUGGAGAUAAGUGAUGCUGCCACCUGAACACUGCUGGAAUCAGCAGGAGCAGUGACUGCAGGAGAACUAAGGCAGGUGCCAGGACUCAGGAUGCAGGGAUGACGGCUCCAGAGGCCCCGGCCUUCCUCCCACCCGGGCGCUAGGAGCCAUCCCCGGGCUCCACCUGGGAGCCCUGCUGCCCAGGGGCAUGGCCAAACCUUUCUUCCGACUCCAGAAGUUUCUCCGCAGAACGCAGUUCCUGCUGUUCUUCCUCACAGCUGCCUACUUGAUGACCGGCAGCCUGCUGCUGCUGCAGCGGGCCCGAGUGGCCCUCCCCCAGGGCCCCCGGGCCCCCGGCCCCCUGCAGACCUUGCCCGUGGCUGCCGUGGCGCUGGGUGUGGGCUUGCUGGACAGCAGAGCCCUGCACGACCCCCGCGUCAGCCCGGAGCUGCUGCUCAGCAUGGACAUGAUGCAGAAACCCCUGGCCCAGACCAGGCCUGUCCCUCGCUGGCUCCGGAGCCGCAACUCAGAGCUGCGCCAGCUGCGGCGCCGCUGGUUCCACCACUUCAUGACUGACUCCCCGGGCCCACCCAUGGUCCUUGAGGCGCCCCCCAGGCCAGUUACCCGCAGCCGAGGCACAUAUGUCGGAUGUUUCAGUGAUGACGGCCAAGAAAGGACUCUGAAGGGUGCUGUGUUUUACGACUUGAGAAAGAUGACUGUCUCCCACUGCCAGGAAGCAUGUGCUGAGCGGUCCUAUGUCUAUGCUGGCUUGGAGGCUGGUGCGGAGUGCUACUGUGGGAACCGGCUCCCUGCCGUGAGUGUCAGGCUGAAGGAGUGUAACCAUCAGUGCAAGGGGGAGAAGGGCUCCGUGUGUGGGGCCGUCAACCGGCUCUCUGUGUACCGCGUGGAUGAGAUGCAGCUGGGCUCCAGGAAGCGGCGGACGGCCACCUACCGCGGGUGCUUCCGACUGCCGGAGAACAUCACACACGCCUUCCCCGACUCCCUGACACAGAUUAAUGUGACCGUGGAGGCAUGCUCAGGAUUUUGUUCCCAGAAAGAGUUCCCCUUGGCAGUCCUCAGGGGCUGGAAGUGCUACUGCGCUUACCCUACUCCCCAGUUCAGCCUACGGGAUGCCAUGGACAGCGCCCUAUGUGACCCAGACCCUGAGGUCCAAAGGGUGGCAGAGUACUGCGAGGUCUACCAGACACCUGUGCAAGAUACUCGGUGCACAGACAGAAGGUUUCUGCCUAACAAAUCCAAAGUGUUUGUGGCUCUGUCAAGCUUCCCAGGUGCUGGAAACACAUGGGCACGGCACCUUAUUGAGCACGCCACUGGCUUCUAUACAGGGAGCUACUACUUUGACGGGACCCUCUAUAACAAAGGGUUUAAGGGUGAGAAGGACCACUGGCGGAGCCGGCGAACCAUCUGUGUGAAAACCCACGAGAGUGGUAGGAGGGAGAUUGAGAUGUUCGAUUCUGCCAUCCUGCUGAUCCGGAACCCAUACAGGUCCCUGGUCGCCGAAUUCAACAGAAAGUGUGCUGGGCACCUGGGCUAUGCCGCUGACCGUAACUGGAAGAGCAAAGAGUGGCCAGACUUUGUCAACACCUAUGCGUCGUGGUGGUCAUCACACGUGCUGGACUGGCUCAAGUAUGGGAAGCGGCUGCUGGUAGUGCACUAUGAGCAACUGCGGCACAGCCUGGUGCCCACGCUGCGGGACAUGGUGGCCUUCCUCAACGUGUCCGUCAGCGAGGAGCGGCUGCUGUGCGUGGAGAACAACAAGGAGGGCAGCUUCCGGAGGCGUGGCCGACGCCCCCACGACCCGGAGCUCUUCACCCCCGAGAUGAAGGAUUUGAUCAACGGCUACAUCCGGACAGUGGACCAGGCCCUGCGUGACCACAACUGGACUGGGCUGCCCAGGGAGUAUGUGCCCAGAUGAUAGGCCCUGGCCAGUGCUGCCCGCCCCUGCUGAGAGACGCAGGUCACGCCAGGGCUGCGCGCCCACACCGCUGCCCAGGCCUGUGGCUUUGCUGGGAUGCUCAGUCGGCAGGGAGGCCACCGGGGUGCUGCCUCACACCCAGGGAGACCAGGACACAGAUGGGCAUCACGGGGCAGAUACAAUGGACACACACACCUUCUCAGACACACUUAGAUACCACUCCACGUUCACAGUGCCUGUACUGAUGCAGCUAAGCCACCAUGCAGGGCCUGCUGGGCGCUCUCAGGUUCAGACACAGUUGGAGACACUCAGACGCCGGCUCUGUGCUUCCAGAGGCCACUGUCUCUCCCACACAGACACAUGCACCCUGAGCUCUCAGGAGCCCUGCCUUCCUGUGUCCAUCCUGGCACAGACUUGCUUGUCGGGGUCCUUGACUCUGGGGUGCUGAGCUGGUCAGGCGUUUGUACUCUGAGCAGAAAGAGCCGUCAGAGUGGAGGUAGGUGCAGAAAUCACUGCUGCUGGGCUGAGUAGCCCUGAUCAUGUGUCUGACUUCCCAUAAACGUGUGUGGUGUGGCUUCCAGGCACUGCAGACUGCAGCCUUGCCUCUCUCUUCUUUGUGGGGCUGCUGGGGGCACCAUGGGAAGAAUGGCGCCCCCGCCUCCACACACUCUAACCUUAGGAACAGCCACUGUGCGUCUGUGCAGCGCCUGCCACCCCCUGCCUCACCCUGUAGCAGUGCUCCUCAGGUGGGGCCUCCUUGCCCAGCUUCUCCCUCCAACUGUUCUCCGGGGAACCUGAGGAUUUACACCACGCCUCAGAAGCAGAGUGUGGGGAUGGCAGGUGGGGGGCCUUCAGGGAGCUUAGGGCCCAGAGGCCAUACACCAGCAGGGAGGGGGGUUAUGGACCAGUGUGAGGAGACUCAGUCUAAAGGGUGUAUCUUGGGGAUUACUGUGACUGGUGCCCACUAACAUCGACAGGCCCCUGCUGUCUGUGGGUCCCAUGCAUGGGGUCAUUAGAGCUACGUGGUAUUCAGCUAGGGAUGAAGAGAGGUGCUGAUGCUACUGACCUUUUGGGGUCACCCCCCCAGUACAUAUCCUGGACUCAUCCUAAUACACGUAAGAAUCCUGGGGUAUUCUUAUGAUCUGCCAUAACUGCCUCUGUGCUCACCUCCAGGGUUAGAAAUGAGGCUGUGGAGACUGAGAGGCUCAGGUGUGGAGGUUGGGGGUAGCAAUCCGGGAGCAAAGCUUAGGGCAGCCAAGAUGCAGGGAGGACUGUGGGGACGAUCGGAGGCACACUGACCACUGCCUGAACUCCGGCAACCUAUGUGUGGUUUCUCCAGAUCUGGGAUAACCCUGGCCAGACCCCUUGGUCCUACCUUGGCCAUAAGGGAGAUUUCUCUCAGCCUGAACCAACCUGCACUGGGAUGAGAAAACUGGACAAGGGUUUGGAGAAGAGCUAGAAAUGUCGUAACGACCUGACUCGCUCCCUGGCCUGGUGAUGGGGAGCUGAGCGCCACCCUGUGAGCACAGCAGGGGUAGAGGGCCUUGGAGAGCUGUCUUUCCUCAGAGUGAAGCCUCCCCCAGCCUUUACUUUGGCUGGUGAGUGGGUUUGGGCAUGUACGUUCUCAGUGACUUCCAGGUCCUUCCUGGGAGUUCCCCAAGUCCAUACUGAGGUGAAGCUGCUCCUGAUCCACCCGCAGCUUCACUCAUUUCAGCACAAAGCUAGAAACACCAAGGUCUUUGUAAACAUCUAUUCAUUUAUUAGUGCAGAAUGGCUAUAAGGUCCAGUGUGUGAAGGCCCCCGUGGAGCUUUUUCCCAAGUUGUGGGAGCAAUUGGGAGCCCCUAGGAGUUUUCACAGUGCCUUGGAAGGAGCACUAAGCUAGACCUGCCUCCCAGAGUAAACCAAGAGUCCCAAAAGAGAUAGCAGGCACCAGGUUGAUGGAGAAAGGGGAAGCUGGCCUUGUCCUGAGAUUGGCUCCCCUGCUCUGGCCCUCACUCUCCCGGGCCAUUCAGGUAGUCUUCAGGGAAGAAGACUCAGAAAGCACAGAGGCUGGAAAGGGUAAAACUAUGGAAAGAGCACUGACUUGUACUGGAGCAAGGCAUGACCCCCUGGGCCUGCCCUAUCACCUCGCGGAGGUGUCAAGGGAGUGCACGGCAGCAGACUGUUCAUCCUGGUAGUCAGGUUGGCACAUUCACCGCCACCAGGACCCCUGAGCUCUCAUCUCCUUGCAGGUGGGGUGCUGCCUGCUCGGCCACUUGGCCUUCCAGGUUUCCGUGUACCUUAGGUAGGAGAGCAGGCUAGUGGAACAAUGAGUCGGGGUCCAUCAGGUUCACAUGGAGUCGCUCCACAUGGCAAGGCCCUUGGCACUUGGCAGGUGAUCCCAGAUGUUGGGCGAGCAAGGAGGUGUGAAGGUCCUGCCAGCUGCUGCUGGUCCUCAGUACCUCUCAUCCCAGGUCUGCCCAUGCAGGAGGUCUCAUCAGAAACAGGAAGAGGGAUUUGUCUGUCCUUUGGGGAAAGUCCAUUUGUCAUUCAGCAGGUAGUUCUCAUCCACCCCCCACUCGAAGCUUAUCAGUAAAGAGGGUACUGUCCCAACCAGCUGUAGGGAACUCAAAUCUGUAAAGUAGGGCAGAAGUGUGGCAAAUGCAUCAGGAAUUGAUUAGAACAGAGCAGCAGAACUCUGACUCUGUACGGAUUCCGGCUUCAACAGCAAGACGACAGAGUGACACAAACCUGUGUUAAAACGUGAAAUUUUCAUGGAUUUCAUCUCCCGUUGUGGAUCAAUUUGGCAAAGCCAAAAUGCAUAAUUUUAAAACACUAAAACACAUUCCAAAAAUCCCAGGGACGUUUAAAUGAGAGAAUAAUAGGCUUCCAAACCCUAAGAAGAAAGCUGCUUAAUUAUGUGAAUAUCUUAUAAUGAAGACUCUUGCAGCUAAAAUUAGAUCAUGACUGCAUGAAUAUGCGAUAAUGUUUGCACAUCGGAAUGCAUGCCCCCCCUUAAAAGUAGCAAGAGCUACUUGCUUCUUGGGGGGCCCUGAGAAGGUAGAAAGAGGGUCUGGAGUUGAUCUUGUUGGUAUAAGAAUUCUGGGGGCACAGGUUUGGUUUUUUUUUGGACUCAUUUGGAGGUAUUUGAAAAAUGACUCCAAAGGGGUUUAUUAAGGUAUAGGGAGAAAUUGAUUGAUCUGACCUCACACUGAAUCACCACCCAAUGUUGGGUGGGUUGGCCUGAAAGAGGUAGUAGUAACAUGAAGUGGGAAUAGUAUAGUCUCCUCCAGGGCAGGGCCAGUUGUGGCCCUAGCUCUAUUCUGUUGUAUUCUGGGAUGAGGCCUUUCUCAUCUCCAGUCUCAGUCUCCCAUCUAUAAAAUCAGGUAUGUGGUGGAUGCUUUUGGCUGUAUCACUGAUAUACAUUCCCCCAUUUUCCUUCCCAGCAGCCCCUCAUUUCUGUUUGGGGGAUUCUUAUGGUCUGCCAGAACUGCCUCUGUGCUCACUUCCAGGGCUAGAAUACACAUCCCGGACUAAGCCAAACUCACGUUCCCUCUCUCUGGCUACUAUGAUUGGUCCAGGUAUGAUCAUGGUCAUUAAGGCAACACAGCAUGAGGGAAUUUCAAGACUUUCUGGGGAUGUUGGACAGAAACUCUUCAUUCCCCUGCUGGAUGGACAUAAAGGAAGAAGGAGAUAAUGCUGGGCCUUGGUGCUGGCCAUGUUGGGGUCACAACCAGGCAUCAUUCAGUGUGACUCCAACAUCACUGAAGGGAGAGCCAGAGGCAGGAAGAAAUUGGGUCCUCAGUGACAUUGUUCAAUUUACAGGAUCAAGCUUUGCUUGAGAUUGGUCCCUACCUCUGGGAUUUUUUGUUACACAAACAAAUAAA